UUUCUGAUGCCACUUUGCACCCCUAUCUCCCUCAAACUCUGAAGCCAAUUCCAGGCCACUCAGCCCUUCUAAGCUGUUCCUAUCUCACUAGUGUUUCGAUGCCCACCUCCUGUACUGGAAGAAGGGAUGUUCAGUCCGCUGAACAUUUCCUACAGCAUUGGGGAAACUGUCACGUUUGAGUGCUACGAUGGAUAUGAGCUCCAGGGCUCGGUUAGCAGGACCUGUAUGAAGAAUGGCCGAUGGAAUGGGACAACAACAACCUGCGACUCCGGGUCACAAUAUUGCCCUCAUCCCGGGAUCCCGGCUGGAGGCAGGAAAUCCGGAUUGAGUUACUUCAUCGGUGACAAGGUGGAGUAUGCCUGCAAUGGUGACCUGGUGCUGGUGGGAUCGUCCAGGAGGGAGUGCUUGGAGUCGAAAGAGUGGACAGGAAGUGAGCCCAGCUGCCAGUAUAGAAGUUCCUUUGAUAGCCCAGAAGAGGUAGCAGCAUCUUUCACAGCCUCCUUCACCAAUGUGCUGGGUAUGACUCACACUGGAGAUGGAAAAGCGCCAGCAACUACUGCCCGUAGAAUCACCCUCACCAAGGACACACCGCUUCAUAUAUACAUCCUUCUAGAUGCUUCCAGUAGCUUUGGUGAGGAAAAUUUCGAGAAAGCCAAGAAUAUCACAAAGAACCUCAUCGACAAGAUUGCAAGUUUUGAUGUUUGGCCCAAGUUUGCAAUUAUAUCGUAUGCAUCGGAGCCAAUCGUGGUAGCUAACCUCAAUAAUGAAGAAGAAUCCAGUGCUGCUGACGCUUUGGACUUGUUGCGUGAUUCGGACGAGGCAAAAUAUACAAAACAUGGUGACAAGACAGGCACCAACACCCAUGCAGCAUUGAACAAAGUCCUGGAGAUGAUGGUCCUUUCAAAAAUACGGUUUAGGGAUUCCUGGGACAAGAUAAGAUUUGUCACCAUAUUAUUUACUGAUGGGAAAUCAAACAUGGGAGGUGACCCCAGAGUAGCAGCCACAAAAAUAAAGAACUUUGUGAAGGCAGAACACAACUCGGAAGAUUAUCUCGAUAUGUACUCCUUUGGAGUGUCAGGUGACGUUGAUUUGGGAAAACUGAGCACGCUGUCAUCUCAUAAAUCUGGCGAGAAACAUUCCUUUGUUGUACGAAACACCAUGGAACUGGUAAAAGCCUUCGACGGUAUAUUAGACUUUUCUCAAAUUGGUGAUCUGUGUGGAGUUGCUGAUGAGCAUCCUGAUGCCAGCAUCAGAGUGAAAUAUCCCUGGCAUGCCAUCUUGGAGAUUCCGGGCGUUGGAAAAUGCAGUGGGUCCAUUGUGUCCCCUGGCUGGGUGAUGACAGCUGCUCAUUGUUUGAGAGAAGUGCAGACUGUAGCGAGCAUCAACAGGAUUACGGUGACUGUUGGUCGUAAACCCGAGAUAUUCCGUGUAAAGGAUGUGCACCCACACCCACAGUACGACUUAUCAAGGAUGCUACCUGAGAAUAUCAACCAGUUUUAUGACUAUGAUGUGGCAUUGCUUGAGUUGACUAAACAAAUAAACUUUGCAACAACAAAAAGUCGAUCCAUUUGUUUACCCUGCACAAGGGAAACGACGAGAGCCAUCCGAAAAAUAUUCCCAGGAACAAGCUGCAAGGAUCACGUGAUGGAGAUGUUACCAUUACCCGGACCAGUCCCAGCCAAUUUUGUGAAACGUGAUGGGAGGACGGAGACGGUGGCAUAUGUCACGAUAAAGACGGCUGAUGCUAUGAAGGAAGACUGUGAGGCAAAUGCACUUGAAGCCCCAGAAUACAAAAACGUUACAGAUGUGCGGAAAGUGGUUACAGAGAGAUUCUUCUGCACAGGAGGACAAGAACCUAAGGCUGAAGACAUUUCUUGUAAAGGUGACUCAGGAAGUGCCUUGUUCAUCGAGAAGAAACGGCGAUUCAUCCAGGUGGGCGUUGUAAGCUGGGGAGUGAUCAAUGUCUGCGAUGCUGUGAAACCAGACAGACAACACGCUCGGGAUUUUCACAUCAACUUAUUCAAGGUGAGUCUUCAAAAUCCCACUGUUCCUCCACAGUUCCUUGCUUCUCACCGUUUAGAGAAUACUCUGAUAUUUGCAUCUCAAUCUGCCAUAGUUUUGCACACUCAUUUAAUCGAUCAAAUCUUGGCAACUUUUUGCUUCCAUCUGCACUAUUUACUGGGCCACCUAAGAUGGUGUUAUCAGCUUACUUGGGUAUAUGGCUCUUUACUCUUGCAUCUGUGCCAUUAAUAUAUAACGUGAAAAGCUGUGGCCCCUGUACAG